GACCUUCUCUCCUUCCUUUUUCUUCCUCCCAAACGACGUGCGCCCCUCAAAGAGCAACGCGGCCAUGUCGAGCAGCCCACCACCUUCUGCCCUCGCGCGGCUCGUGCUCGGCCUCGGCGCCCUCGUGUUCCUGCAUGGCGCCUACUCGACGUACGAGCAUCUUGCGCUGCGCAAGUCGCUCGGCCUCGCUGCCGACACCUCCGAGGCUGUCCCCUUUGACAUCAAGGCCGAGACGCUCGUGGGCCUGCUCGUCGUGCUGCUGGGCACCUGCCUGACAGCGAGCCCGCUCAAGGAAGUGACAUGGGCGAGCGAGUGGAGCAAGCGGACCAUCGACGAGGUCGACGCACGGCCGAGCUUCAUCACGUUCCAGCACCGUGGCCCGCUCCUCUUCGCAGCCUCGUCGGCCGAGGCAGCAAAGUAGACGACUCUCUCCUCCUGUACUUUUACUACAACUACAUCAUCACAAUGGUCAUGCACCAUCUCAGAGCAG